AUGGAUUCCGACAGGGAACUUGCUCUUCAACAUAAAGAAAACUGGCAAGCCGAUGCCGAAACGGUCAGAUACAUAACGCAGAGCUUACGGCUUGCUGGGCGGCGUCCAACCAACAAGUGCUGGGAUGAGAGCCAAGAUGCUGGGCUCGCGCGAUGGGCCUCCGAGCGGCCUAUGUCACCAGCGUUGAGCAUGCGUGCGAUCCGUGAGACGCCUAAACUCGGUUCUGGUGCAUAUAUGCGCGACAUACUUCAUUCUGGGCGGCAAAUUCCUGGGCACUCUGGAAUAGAUCUCGUAUCCGUGGAUGAAUAUUCGGAAGAGACACCAGUAGUAAUUGAGGAGGCAAUAUCCCUACAGCCAGGAUACCGGCCGUCGACUACCACCACCAGCAAGCAUUCUUUAGCUCCCGAAGCGAUCGCCGAUCUGCCAGAGCUCGUACCAAAGGCGGUCAUGAAGCCAGAUGACGAUGAAGACGACUUGUAUAAACAACACAUGGUAGUGGUGAAUGGCUGGCAAGCAUUCGAAGCACCGUCGUCGCCCACCUCCGCUAGUACUCCGCCGCUGGCUGACAGCUCAAGCGACAUAGACGAGCUAUUCAUGGCUUCGCCUCCGGGUAGCCAGCAGCCGUUAUUCGAAUCCUUGAUGUCCGCACGGAUGGAUGAUCACGAGCUACCAAGAUCAGAGAGAUUCCGUGGCCUAAAACCGAAAGCUAAGGCGAUCGGUGCUCUGGGGGAAGGACAGAGCCUCGUCUCAUUCCUAGAACCACUUGUCUCUUCACGUCCUAUGUUAGAAACUGAGGCAAAGAUCAUCACUACGCCCAAAUCACACCCGUCAUCCCCGCAUACAACGAUCACGAUGUCGAUGUUAGGGCAGCCACCUACCGUAGACGACACCGGCGAAGAUAGCGCUGUGACUGGAUACCGUAUCUCAAGUGAAGAUCUAGAUCUGGACGUUCUGCUGGAGAAGGUGUGCGGCGAGCGAAUGGGAAAUCAGAACUUUCGUGACAUCAUCUUGAGGGAGAAAAUCGACGAAAAGGACAGUUUGCUUAUGGAUGUGCCAGUCAUGCGGCCUCCCAACGAACAUUCGCUCACUGACAUAUUCCUGCCCACGCACCUAGCCGGAUUGCUCAUGUCGCCGACAUCCGCUCCCGCCCAACCUGUUGUGGAGAGCUUGAAGCACGAAUCUGUGCAUCACGGAUUCCUCAAAAAGGUCAAGGGCCUCCAGUCGCUUAGUAUUGAACUAUCAUGGAGACCCUUCAAAUUUGGGUCGACGGUCCCCACUAACGAGGAGGUGGCUGAAGUCUGUAUCGAUAUGGGCGACAACCUCAUCCAAAUCCUUCGUACAGACAACGAAGAAGUCGAGGCCAAGUUAUCCAAUCUCCUCGGCGGAACAUUGCAUUUCGAUCCGGAAGCGCAGGGUGGUGAUUCUAUGUGCCCCUCAACACGCAUUACGUGGGACGAUGGCUUACCGCCAUGCAAUCCUGCCGCGUUUGGCCUUUUUCAAGGUGACGACGAUAUUAUUUACACUAGAGCUCAUCGCAGGAGAAUUUACGGAACGACCGAUGGCGAUGAGGACUUCGGAUCAAGUGACAAAGAAAACGAAUGCAACCCAGAUCAGGGCACGCCACUGUACGUCUCUCAUGACGACCCGGAGAGACCCGCGAAACGCUUCAAAAUGGAUUUACUUGAAGAUGUCGAGGAGGCAGAAAGCAUUUCUCAACAACUUGUGUCAAACGACUCCGGUGUCUUCUUGCUGUCGCCUCCUGCCGAUACACGUCGAGGCCACUUCACACAGCUGGCAUAUGGCGCUGAAGGCUUCGUCGGAUCUGACAUGGACGGCGAUCUGUUUCCUGACAUGGAUCCGGUUCACGAGAUCGAACUUCACACUACCUCGCAAACUGGCGGUUCCCGAUAUUUGGCUUGGUCUGCUGAGCUCGGGAGGUCCAGUGCUGAAAAUACCCUUCUGGACCGGUACUUUUCUAGCGCUAUGUGUGCUCUUGGCGAUAGUACUGCGGAUGACUUCGCUUACCUCGGCGAGCUUGGCGAUAUCGAAAUGCCUCAAAACCAAGUACUGACCAAAACGGAGGCAAUCGCUGGCACGGGUUCUGAGCCCUGCCGUAAUCGUGCUCACAAUCUGGAGACUGCUCGAAAUGUCUGCCCCUCGUCUCUUCACCUGGAGGGUCUGCUAGCGAGGAAGGAUGCUGAUCAGGUCUCCAAUCAGCAAACAAAACUUAGCUCGCCAAAUAUGAGUAGAGGAGCGAUGCCCGCUGCUUCCGCGGAACAGUCUCUAACUCGCUUCCUGAGACUUGUGGGCAGAUCAGCCACUGACGCGAGUGAGGAUGCUGCUACUAGUCAACUCGAGGUGCUAGCUCCUGGACAUGAUUGGGUUCCCGCUCAUACCGAUCUUCAAGCUGUACAAACAACCUUGCCGCCCGUACCUGAAGAAUUGAUUGAUCAGUUGACCUUGUGCAUCGAUCCAGAGUCAAUACCAUCACCAGGCGCAGUGCACCGUUACAUGGCAUCCGUCGACCUGAUCCAGAAGAGAGCACUUAUUCGCCACUUGAACUCGCGCCGAUGUGCAGUUGAUCUUGUGGAGCGCGAUUACUUGGAUGCUGCCGACCUUGUCGUAGAUCCUGAUUCUGCUGUCCUGUUUACGUCUCUGGCAGGUCUUCCAUCUGCUAUCGAUGCGCUCACCACGUCUCUUUCUUCGCUCUCUUGGCGGUUCCGGCGUCUUCUGGUUGUCUUUGAGGCCUUUCCUGUCUCCCAGGCCUUCAGAGAGGGCUCGCCCAAGCCUAUGCCAAAUCCUUUCUCGCCAGCCGUGAUCAAGUCAGUGAAGAAGCUGCGACGCGACCUGAGCAUCGCAGAGGCUUGCGAGGCUAAGCAUAGCAAGACGGUCAUAUACUUUGGGUUUGCCACCUCGGUGCAAGACGCAGCCCUGUGCGUGAGGCAAUUUGGUGGCCUGAUCGAACGCUCGGACGUCUCAGGCGGGGUCCUGUGGGGUGAACGCAGUUGGCUAGACAUCGAGGAACAGGAAGGAGAGUAUGAUCUUGCCAAUGUCCCGGGCAUGAACACAUUCGCCGCUACUGUGGUCCUCUCCCAGAUGACCCUCGAUGACUUCUUGAAUCUGACCGCCGACGAGAGAACACAAAUGUUUACCCCCUUGCUUGGAUAUGAGCGAGUCCUGCAAUUUAACAAGGAGCUAUGGAGACGUACACAGGCUGCGCAGAUAGAAUAUUAA